UUCGGGAAAAGCUACUUCAUUUAGUGCUUUGUCCUGGUUAUCAAUGUACUGAUAAUCAACACCCCUCAAUCUUGUAAACACUAUAUGACGUAAAUUAACCUUAUAAAUAUGAAAACGAAAGACAAAAAUCUUUAAACGUUGGAAAAUAAAUUUUCUCCCUUAAAAAAAAGUUAUUUAUCGAAUUUAAAAUUUUAGAUUUUGGAAGUUAAUGCCCAAAAUGGCAGACACAGUUCUUCGUCCUCGCUCUUUAGGAGUUGGUACAGAAGGUUUACCGGAUCAAUAUGCUGAUGGAAAAGCUGCGAAGGUUUGGGAAGUUUAUAUAGGCGAAAAAAAUGAUCGUACAAAGCAUUAUCGAGAAUUUUUAGUUCAACUUUUACGAAAGCAUAACUGUCAUCAGAUUUUAGAUGUUGCUUGUGGCACUGGUAUUGACUCUAUAAUGCUUGUAGAAGAAGGCUUUAAAAUGAUGAGUGUAGAUGCUAGUGAUAAAAUGCUUAAGUAUGCUAUUAGAGAACGUUGGAAUCGACGUAAUGAAACAGGAUUUGACAAAUGGGUAAUUGAAGAGGCUAAUUGGUUAACUCUACCAGAAGACAUCCAUAAACCAAAUGGAGGUUUUGAUGCCGUUAUUUGUUUGGGAAACUCAUUUGCCCAUUUGUUUGAUUUGAAAGGGGAUAUGUCUGAUAUUAAGCUAGCGAUAGAAAACUUCCACGAGAUGAUAAAGCCCAAUGGAUAUCUUCUAAUUGAUCACAGAAACUACGAUUAUACACUCAACCACGGCAGAACUCCAGCACAUAGCAUUUACUACAAUAGUAAGCAUAUUAAAGACAUCCAGACAUCCAUUCUGUAUUCUGGGGAAAAUCCAAAAAUGGUUAUGCUGGACUAUACCAUGGACAUUUCGGACAUCCUUGGUAGUUUCGAUCGAACUGAUAGCGAAUACACGAAAAAAGGAAGAUAUCAUGGCAAUCCAAUUGACCAUUUUAGAUUGUCAUAUUAUCCACACAAAUUGAAAGAGUUUUCAAAAUUGUUGAAAGAAGUUUUUGGUGGCAAUGCAGAACAUACAAUUUAUGGAGAUUUCAAGUCUCUAGAUUCAGUGCAAGAUCCAGCUUUUUACAUUCAUUUAAUCAAAAAAGCAGAUUAUUAAAGCAUAAGUGUCAAGCUUUGUUUCAGUUAUAUUAACUACUAUAUAUUUAAGUUUAUUUACAUAAGUUGUUUAUAUAGUGUUAUAUUAACACUAUUGCGUGUUUACUGUAGUUUGUUUAGCAUAACAAUGCUUGAAAUAUAAAAACUUCUAAAAUACAAAUUUAGUUGUAUGUUAAAAUGCUUUAAAUAAAAAAAAAUAGGAGUAAGUAAAAAAAGUAUUAA